CUCCAGCCAUCUGCAGGGAAGCGCAUCUUCAUUCACCUGCUUGCCACCGGGAUUUGUAGUGCUCCUCCCGUGUCUGACGGGCCGGAGACCUGCCCAGUUUUCCUCUGUGGUUUUAUAGGGGGUUAAGGAUGGCAGAAAGUGAAGCGGAGACCCCCAGCACGCCGUGCGAAUUUGAAAGCAAAUACUUUGAAUAUAAUGGGGUCAGGCUGCCGCCCUUUUGCAGGGGGAAGAUGGAGGAAAUUUCCAAUUUCCCUGUCAGAGAAAGUGAUAUCUGGAUUGUCACCUAUCCAAAAUCAGGAACCAGUUUGCUGCAAGAGAUUGUGUAUCUAGUGAGUCAGGGGGCUGACCCUGAUGAGAUCGGCUUGAUGAACAUUGAUGAGCAGCUUCCAGUCCUUGAGUACCCACAGCCUGGUCUCGACAUUAUCAAGGAGCUGACAUCCCCUCGUCUCAUAAAAAGCCAUCUGCCUUAUCGCUUCUUGCCUACAGACCUGCAUAAAGGAGACUCAAAGGUAAUAUACAUGGCACGGAAUCCUAAAGACCUUGUAGUUUCCUAUUAUCAGUUUCAUCGUUCCCUCAGGACUAUGAGCUACAGAGGAACAUUCCAAGAAUUCUGCAGGAGAUUUAUGAAUGAUAAAUUGGGGUAUGGCUCCUGGUUUGAACAUGUGCAAGAGUUUUGGGAUCACCGUUUAGACCCCAAUGUUCUUUUCAUUAAAUAUGAAGAUAUGCAUAAGGACCUUGGAAUGAUUGUGGAACAACUAGUACGAUUCCUGGGACUAGCCUAUGACAAGGCACAGCUGGAACUUGUUGUCGAACACUGUCUCCAGAUCGCUGAUCAGUGCUGUAACUCAGAAGCACUUCCUGUUGGCAGGGGAAGAGUCGGAUUGUGGAAAGAUAUCUUCACUGUGUCAAUGAAUGAGAAGUUUGAUGCUGUGUUUAAGCAGAAGAUGGGAAAAUCUGAUCUUACAUUUGACUUCAGCUUAUAGGCAAUGCAUGCAUUAUUACAGUUAUACUGUUGAAAUAUUAUCUUAAUCUUCUUCAUGUACCUAUUCACAGCCCACUGGAUGAAUCAUGUAUUCUGUGUAAUAACAAUCAAGUAAAUUAAUCUCUACUGUUUACCUAUUACCAUUUACAGGUUUUAUUCACAUAAAGUUUAAUAGAAACAGUCAAAAAGAAACAAAGCUCACCUGACAUAGAAUGUAUCCUUGUAACUUAAGCAUUGUGUGGUACACUGUAAGAUAUGUAAUCAGUUAAGCAGUGUGUGUUUUUAGCCCAAGGCUAAGAUUUUUAUAGAUAUUCACAUAUAUAUAUAAAAAGAACUUGAAGACAACCAAAAAUGAUUAAUAAACAAGGGGUAAAAAUCAGCCCCACUUUCUUAGCAGUAUCUCAGGGUUUAAUCCUUGUAUUUGUUGUGUCUUGUAGCUGAGGAUGUGUAUGUUUUAACAAUCUGGUUCCACAGAGUGCUAAAGUGUUUAGCCAUGGAGCAAUCCCUUUGCUUCAUACCCAUACAGUAUGGCCUACUCCUGUGAACUGACACAGCUACUGCACUCAAAUAAAGAUCAGCAAACUGCAAACUUCAA